AUGAUGAUCGCUGACACCAAGCCUGCAUUCGGUGGUUAUGGCUAUGGCUAUGGCUAUGGAGGCUGUCAAGAAUUUAUAACAACAACAAGACAUGAUAAAUUGGGUAGAAAAAGGAAGUUGAAUAACCCUGAUCUACUUCAAGAAUUAGGGCAGAAUCGGAGGAAGAUUCAUAAUGAGAAGAUGACGCUGGUUUGUGGGUCGUGCUAUCUGCCCAAAGACAACCCAACCAAGCCUCUCGGCGAAGACGCCCAUUUCAUGUGCCAAGACUCCCAGAUCAUCGGCGUGGCGGACGGCGUCGGCGGUUGGGCCAAGAUAGGCGUCGACGCGGGCGAGUACGCCAGGGGACUCAUGAACAACGCUAAAAAAAUGGCAGCCGCCAAUACCGCAGCCACACUCGAUCCAAGAAACGUGUUGAGCCAAGCCUACGCGAACAACGCCGGACUACAAGGCUCGUCGACGGCUUGCAUCCUCAGCUUGGACAAAGAGCGUGGGGCCCUGCACGCCGUGAAUGUCGGGGACAGCAGGUUCAUGGUGUUCAGGGACAGCAAGUGUUGGUACAAGUCUCCAUCUCAGCAGCGCAUGUUUAAUUGUCCGUACCAAUUGGGGAACCACGUGGGCGGCGACCGUCCGGAGGCGGCUCUGGAGUUUGUGGUGGAGGCAAUAGUCCCGGGGGACAUCAUAGUGCUCGGGACAGACGGGUUGCUGGACAACAUAUUUGCGAGUGAGAUUGAGGAUGUUCUUGUGGCGUAUAAAGGAAGCGGUCGGGAUUGUGAGGAGUUGGCUUCCGCCAUAGCCAACCUGGCGCUGUUUAACUCGUUGGACAAGUACAGCGUUAGCCCUUUUCAGAUGGAGGCUGAGAAGGCCGGACUGAAGCACGCGGGAGGCAAGAUCGACGACAUCACUGUUGUUGUGGCCCAAAUUGUGGCUUCUAGGACCUCCUUCACUACACCAGCUAGCUUAGGUUUCGGUUUUGAACAAACAAAUACAAAAAGAAAAAGAGAAGACUAG